GUAUAGCAUUCCAAGCGCGGCAGUCUUCUCCACAGCCAUGGCUUCCUCAGGAGCCGGCCAGCAGGCAGUGAAGGUCGUAGCUGAGUUAGCUAAGAGAUUGCGGCCGUCGUUCGUUAACGGAAAGUGGCGCGGCGCUGCGAUUUCCGCGAAGAACCGGGCGCGAUUGCGACGAGAGGCUCUACUGGCUGGCGAGGAAUGGCCUUAUGACGCUCCUCGGAAGGAGAUGAAGACCAAGAUAAAGGGCCACAAGCAUGACAAGGAGGCAGCAGAGAGGCAGGAAAAGAUUGCAGAAAAUAUGGCCAAGAUGCCUGAAUUGCUUGAGCAAAUGAAGAAACGGCAAAUAGAGGCAAAGAAAAAAUCCCCAAAGAAGCAGUGAAGCUAGACUUCAGCUCUCCUCUUACGCAUCCAAGCAAAUCAGUGGCGAAGUGUUGCAUGAGAAUAAUGCACUCAGAUUGCAGCUGACAUGGAUUUUCUGCCAGGUGCCACCAUUGCUGCUGCUUCUGGGGGUUUGUAGGUUGAUCCCAUUAUUAUGUACCUGUGUCAAAAGAUUCAUUAGUUCCUCCUCAAUCA